GGCGGGAUUCAAACAGUAUCAUCAGUUUACUGGAAGACCGCGAUCGGAACACGCCAUGGAAGAUGUGAUGCACGACAUGUCGGAGCCUAAGGGUCGAUCGUCAUGCGGUAGCCCGGGCCGAUUCGGUGAGGUCCCUGAUCAAAGCAUCGACGAUAGUGUUCAGGAGUUGCCUUGGGCCCGCCUCGUCAGCCAAGGAAGCGGAGACCUGGGAAGCGACGUGCUCGCCUCGAAGCCGGACGCUGUCGUUAGACUCCUUCCUUGGUGACCUCGAGCUGUCCGGAAUCGGCAUGGCGACGCCGCCACCACUGCUGUACUCACGAAGACUACCGCUCAAAAGGAAGGCGAAGGCAACUGCUGACACUGCCACCAUAGAGCUAACAGCAGCCCUCUCGCGCCAGAACGCCUCGCAGCGCCUGGAUGAGUCGAAGUGCGAGCCGGACAAUCUCUUCACGCUCUCCGAGCCGUAUGACGUAGGGUCAUCACUCGGGUGUGAUGUGUCAACGUACAGCAAGGAGGACAGCCAGCAAUUUCUCGACAGAGUCCUUGAACCAAGACACAGAAACUCGUUGAAAGAGUGCAUCAGCGAUUUUAAGUCGUUCUUCGCAGGUGCCAUCAACACUUCCAGCCCUAGUAAGACCACAAAUAAGAGGCUCCGGCCCUACCAAUACGUCUGAGCUGCAACGCCUGUCAGGGCUCCUUCCAACCGAGUAGAGUCGCCACGGCUGCGAAGAGGCAACAUCGCGCGACGUAGUCAAUACCCCUGCCGAGUGCAUGUUUUGACUAAGUUUUGACUUUUAUUAUUUUAAAUCCUUAUUUAUAUUUUACAGAAUAAAUUUAAUGUCAUCAU